AUGGACGCGGCGACGGAGGAAGAGGCGACGGUGGUGUUCGUGGUGGAGACGGCGGAGGGCGACGAACCGGCGGCGGAGGCGCGGGACGCGGUGAAGAUGAUUUUGAGGGAGGCGAAGGCGCGAAACGGCGACGGCGCGGGCGACGCGCGCGGGCGGAGGUACGCGACGGCGAUGGUCGGGGAUUGCGACAUCAUCGGCGAUCGCGCGGCGUAUCGGAGUAAUCAAAGCGUGGUCGAGGAUUGUAACGCCGUGGGGUUGGCCGUGGACGCGGCUUUGAGACGGUUUGGAUGGACGCGCGCGGCGGAGAGUUUGCGCGUGGACAAGUCGAAGGAGGACGACGACGCGUGGCGGCGCGGUCGAAGCGCCGCCGUCGACGCGUGGGUAGCUAAAUUGUAG